CGGCUGCGCCUGCGCCCUGGGCCGCUCGCGCCGCUCCCCGGCCGUCCUUGCCAGGCGGGCGGCGGAGGCGCAAUGGGGCGCGAGGCGGAGCUCCGCGCGUGAGGCCGAGGCGGAGCCGCUGCGCCGGCGAGCGGGACCCCGACGAUUGGCUCUCAACUGAAUGGAUUAAUGAAGAGCUGGAAUACCUUCCAUAAUAGGGAGCAACCUGGAAACGGCAACAUAUUCUGAAUGUGUGAUGGACAGGUAGCAGAAGAUUUCACUUUGAUAUCAGGGAAUCAGAAUGACCGAGUGCUUCCUGCCUCCCACUAGCAGCCCCAGCGAACACCGUCGGGUAGAACACAGUGGGGGUCUUGCUCGUACUCCCAGCUCUGAAGAAAUCAGCCCUACAAAGUUCCCCGGAUUGUACCGCACUGGUGAGCCUUCACCACCUCACGACAGCUUGCAUGAGCCUCCGGAUAUAGUGUCUGAUGAUGAAAAGGAGCAUGGGAAGAAGAAAGGAAAAUUUAAGAAGAAGGAAAAAAGAACGGAAGGUUAUGCUGCAUUUCAAGAGGACAGUUCCGGCGAUGAAGCGGAAAGUCCUUCAAAGUUGAAGCGGUCCAAGGGAAUACACGUCUUCAAGAAACCCAGCUUUUCUAAAAAAAAGGAAAAGGAUUUUAAAAUAAAAGAGAAACCCAAAGAUGAAAAACACAAGGAAGACAAACACAAGGAAGACAAACAUAAAGAAAAGAAGUCGAAAGACUUAACGGCAGCAGAUGUUGUGAAACAGUGGAAAGAGAAGAAGAAAAAGAAGAAGCCAAUUCAGGAGACAGAGAUACCUCAAGUGGAUGUUCCGAGUCAUAGGCCCGUGUUUGGCAUCCCUCUGUCUGACGCAGCAGACAGGACCAUGAUGUACGACGGCAUCCGCCUGCCAGCAGUUUUCCGGGAAUGUAUAGACUACGUAGAGAAGUAUGGAAUGAAAUGUGAAGGCAUCUACAGAGUUUCAGGAAUAAAAUCAAAAGUGGAUGAGCUAAAAGCAGCCUAUGAUCGAGAAGAAUCUCCCAACCUGGAAGAAUAUGAGCCCAACACAGUAGCCAGUUUGCUGAAACAGUACCUACGAGAACUGCCUGAAAAUUUGCUUACCAAAGAGCUAAUGCCCCGCUUUGAAGAUGCCUGUGGAAAGAGCACAGAAGCUGAGAAAGUUCAGGAGUGCCAGAGGUUGCUGAAAGAGUUGCCAGAGUGUAACCAUCUUCUAAUUUCUUGGCUGAUUGUGCAUAUGGACCACGUUAUUGCAAAGGAACUGGAAACAAAAAUGAACAUCCAGAAUAUUUCUAUAGUGCUUAGCCCUACUGUCCAGAUCAGCAACCGUGUCCUUUAUGUAUUUUUUACACACGUCCAAGAGUUCUUUGGGAAUGUGACCCUAAAGCAGGUGACAAAACCUCUCCGCUGGUCAAACAUGGCAACAAUGCCAGCACUUCCAGAAACACAGGAAAGCAUCAAAGAAGAAAUCAGGCGACAGGAGUUCCUACUGAACUGUUUACACAGAGACUUGCAGGCAGGGAUAAAAGACUUAUCCAAAGAAGAAAGACUCUGGGAGGUGCAAAGAAUUUUAACAGCUCUUAAGAGGAAACUAAGAGAAGCUAAGAGGCAGGAGUGUGAAACAAAGAUUGCACAAGAAAUUGCUAGCCUUUCAAAGGAGGAUGUCUCCAAAGAAGAGAUGAAUGAGAACGAAGAAGUUAUUAAUAUUCUGCUUGCACAGGAGAACGAGAUUUUAACAGAACAAGAAGAACUGCUGGCCAUGGAGCAGUUCCUGCGGAGACAAAUUGCCUCAGAGAAGGAAGAGAUUGAUCGGCUGCGAGCAGAGAUAGCGGAAAUACAAAGCCGGCAGCAGCACGGCCGCAGCGAAACUGAGGAGUAUUCUUCCGAGAGUGAAAGCGAGAGCGAAGAUGAGGAGGAACUGCAGGUCAUCCUGGAAGAUCUGCAGAGGCAGAAUGAGGAACUGGAGAUAAAGAACAAUCACCUGAACCAGGCGAUUCACGAGGAGCGAGAGGCCAUCAUCGAACUGCGAGUCCAGCUCCGGUUACUGCAGCGCGCCAAGUCGGAGCAGCAGGUGCAGGAAGAAGAGGAGCCAGAAAAACGGGGGGUUGUUUCUCAGCAGCAAAGAGACAGUGUCCUGGAGACAAAAGCAGCCAAAGAGCAGCCAAAAGCAAGCAAGGAGCAGCAAGUCAAGCCAUCACCAAGUAAGGACAGGAAAGAAACUCCCAUUUGAUCGGGCUCCUUGGAUAUGCAUAAAAUCAACCGAACGGUGCACAUUACUGUAAUUUGAGUCAAACUGCACAAACUAUUGCUGGCUGUGUACAGUCUGUAAAGAAACUUUUCUCUUAAGCCCUGGAGACUUUGGUCUCUAACACUUGUGGCUUCUACUCAUCAGACUCAGCUGAGUUUGCAGAGGCCAGAAGAGUUUUCCAGUUACUAUCAGAUUAUUUCAAGACUGGUUUCCUUCAGGUGAUUUACAAUAAUUCAGUAACAGUUUUAUUUUAAACCAAACCCAUUAUUUACAUUAAUUGGAGCAGAAUUGGAAGAGCUCGUUUUCAGUAAAUAAACAAAAAGCCACCCACACUUACUAAUUAUUUGCCUUGUGAAUCUAUUCAUCCUCAUCCACUAUUAUUUCUGCUUAUUAACCGAGUCACUUCUUGCUUGUGCCUUUGAUACCUUUCUGAUGCAGAUUAUAUACAAGGGAGCUUUAAAUUUAUUCUGGGUUGGAUGAAAAGGUGGGAGAUUGCGGGGUAUCGUGUUCACCCAACAUGCCCUUAAGCUUCAUUUUUGUUCUGAGAUGUACUGAAUAAAUGUAAAAACUGCAGAGAUGUUAUUUAUGUUCCUGUAUGACAGAGAUGUUCAUGUCCGUUUCCUCAUUUGUAAACCACUGGCAUCACCCCUGUUGAAGACAGGCUGUUUUCCCACUGCUGCCCUGGAGCCAGAGCUUUUUCUUCUUCCAUUUUAAAUGUUUCGGUCCCUCGGGGAAAGCUGCUGCCCGGUGCUUUAGGCGGGGGGUUGUGUCACCUCAGCCAGCUCUGCCUGACUAAGCAAGAGGGCACGCACUUGCCUCUCUUUCGGUGGUGGUUAGAAACGCAACACCAUUCACCCGGGACUGGCUUUUGGUGGGGCUGUUUCACUACUUCUACCGUGGAAAGCCUCCAGCCAGGCCGGCAGGUCCCGGGGGCUGGGGCUGGCCCAUCCCUCCAGGCACGCCCCAUCUCUCUCUCCCACUCAGGGGGUUAUUUGCAGCACCUGGGGGAUGCAUUCCUGUUCUCUCUCUAUUGCACUGUUGUGAAACAUUGGCCAUGAUUUGAUUUUGUACAAAGGAUGCUUUGAUAUGUUAUAGAAAACAACAUAGUAUUUUUUUAAAAUUUGGGGAAAAAAGUUUAUAAUCACAGGAAAUGUGGUCAGAUGACAAGUGUAAACUAAAGCAUUCUCCCUUGCCUUCGUUACACACAUUUUCUAUUUGCUGGCAAUAUUUAAACUCCUUUUGUUUGUUUGAUUCACACUAAUUCCUGUUGAACCGCCAUGGAUUUUUCUAAUGUUCUUCAGACAAAUCUCUUAAAAUUGGUUAACUUUUAUUUUGUUAGGAUUGUAUUUAUCAAGCAAAUAAAUUCAACAGCCAUUUGAAAGAA